AUGGGUCUGAUUGAGAAGCUACAAGCAAGUACGUCGCACGCGGUCACGGAAACCCCCGCCAUGAACACAGGAAAGCUAACGGUGGGAUCAAUAGAACUCGAGCUGUACCGCCUCGAGCAGCGCUACGCCCGCCGCAAGCACCGCAGCACCUUCUCCACGGGCGCCCAGUAUGUCGACGGCGAGUACGUCUUCAACACCGGCUCGAACUCGCCCACCAGCACCGUCUCCAAGCAGUCCACCGGCAGCUGGCGCCCCUCUGGAUUGCGCGGAUCGCACGACUUGCGCGGGAGGUGA